GUGCUGAGUGAGGUACCAAAUACACCACCGCACCUCUGUCUCCAUCUCGCGUCUCUCUCCCGUUGCCUCGUCGCCGCCGCGCGCUGUUUCACCGACGAGUUGACCCCGUCUCCCGAGCUCUGCUUUCGCCUCUCCAGCUCCUACCAAUUCUAAUUCGCCCAGCAAACACCUGCACCGCUCCCACCGUCACCGUCACCGCUGCCAACCCCCCUCCCACUUUCACCCAGCCUCGACGUCGGCGGCGCCCCACCCAGGAAUCCCGAUACCCCCAGCAGUCUUGCGCGCUCGCUCUCCGGCCAUAUUUGUGCUGCGUUUAGCACUCCGGACAACAACCACCGGUCUUGAUCGAGCUGCCGUCUAUCCUACUGGCCGGGCCUUAUAACCAUGGUGGACGGAGAGGGCAACCCCACGACGUGGAAAUUCACGCAAUGUUUCGGCGACAAAGGGGACGUUGAAGAUAUAACAGAAGCCGACAUCAUUUCCACGGUCGAAUUCGACCAAACGGGAAACUACCUAGCCACCGGGGACAAGGGCGGUCGCGUGGUCCUAUUUGAGAGGAAUGAAACUAAAAAAACAUGCGAGUAUAAGUUCCACACCGAAUUCCACUCACACGAGCCCGAAUUUGACUAUCUGAAAUCGCUCGAAAUAGAAGAGAAAAUCAACAAGAUCAAAUGGUGCCGCCGUCAGAAUGCUUCCCACUACCUCCUCUCGACGAACGACAAAACCAUAAAGCUAUGGAAGGUUUUUGAGAAGUCGUUAAAAGUCGUAGCCGAGAACAACCUCUCCCACGAACUGACACCAGGCGGCGGCGUUGCUGGUGCCGGCGGUCCUGUUAGAAACCCAAAUGCUCACUUCCGAACUGUCGCCGACCUCAAACUUCCCCGACUUACUCACCAUGACACCGUUGUCGCUGCCGUACCCCGCAAAACCUAUGCCAACGCACAUGCCUAUCAUAUCAACAGUAUAUCAGUCAACAGCGAUGGCGAAACCUUCAUCAGUAGUGAUGACCUGCGGAUUAAUCUGUGGAACCUCAAUAUCCAGGACCAGAGCUUCAACAUUGUUGACAUCAAGCCGGCUAAUAUGGAGGAGCUCACGGAGGUCAUUACUGCUGCCGAGUUCCACCCGCUGAGCUGUAACUGGUUCAUGUAUGCUAGUUCAAAAGGGACUAUCAAGCUGGCAGAUAUGAGGGAGAGCGCUCUGUGCGAUCAACAUGCGAAACAGUUCGAACAGGAGGAAGAUCCAUCCUCCCGAUCCUUCUUUUCCGAAAUCAUCUCUUCCAUAUCAGAUGUUCGCUUCUCACAUGAUGGACGAUAUAUACUAUCACGAGACUACCUAACGGUGAAGAUCUGGGACGUGAACAUGGAGCGGACUCCAAUUAAGACCAUUCCUAUUCAUGAGCACCUGCGGCCGCGAUUGUGUGACACAUACGAAAACGACAGCAUAUUCGAUAAGUUCGAGGUAGUCUUCUCCGGAGACGCCAAAAACGUCAUGACCGGGAGCUAUAAUAACAACUUCAUGAUAUAUCCAUCAGACCCGGAGAAGGAUACGGAGGUUGUGUUACAAGCGGACAAGUCAGCAUUCAAGGCUAAGAAGGUCGGGAUUCCGACACCGAUGAAUUCCUCCACAAGCCCUACAGGUAGCUCCGGGAAGAAGGGUGGAUCAAGAGCAGGGAGCCCUGCCGCCGGAGCAGUGGGCCAGGGGCAGCGUAUGCGGAAGGAGACUGAUGCUGAUCAGAUUGACUUCAACAAGAAGAUUCUCCACAUGAGUUGGCAUCCAUUUGAGGACAGCAUUGCAAUCGCAGCCACGAACAAUCUCUUCGUCUUCUCAGCAUUGUAGGGUGAGCCUUCAUCAUUGGCGUAAGCGCAUCUCAUCAAGGGCAUUCGCAACUAGACUCAUCUCCGAGCUUGUUUCCUUGGCCACAGAUUCCCUCUUCCAUUCUUCCAUUCUUCCAUUCUUGUUUGGUAGUGGCCUGAUUGGACGGCGCUGGAAUGGUAGAUGGAAACUCUCAUGGUGGUGGGCGUGCACAGUGAUUGCUUCGGUGGUUUGUGUAGGCAAUGCAUAUUCGGAAGCGCUAGCAGAGCUGGAUGUAAAUUGCGCACCAUGGUUAUGAUAAUGAAGUGGUGCAUUUGGCAAUGAAAAAAAUUUGCAAACAGUAGAAGUGCUCUUUAAUCAUCACGAGCGAUGAAUGAUGUC